AUGAGCGACACAAACUACUGGGUCGUGGACUAUGAACUCUCCUCUCCGGCCCCGCCUGGAUUCUCCAAGGGCCCGACGGUGCUGCAGCCCAUGCCAGGGCACCCUGAGCAGGGCUCGGCCCUGUGCUUCGUGGGCCUCCUCGUGUUGCUGUUGCUCUUUCUGGUGGUUCGCUGCGUCCGCAUCUUGCUGGAUCCUUACAGCAGCAUGCCGGCGUCGUCAUGGACCGACCACAAGGAGGGGCUGGACAGAGGGCAGUUUGACUAUGCACUGGUGUAA